CGGCGCGGGGAGGGGUGCGGGGAGGGGGAGCGGCGGCCAGGCCGGGCAUGGCGUCGAUGGCGGCGGCGAUCGCGGCCUCGCGCUCUGCGGUCAUGAGCGGGAACCGGCCUCUGGACGACCGGGAGCGGAAGCGCUUCACCUACUUCUCGUCGCUGAGCCCCAUGGCCAGGAAGAUCAUGCAGGACAAGGAGAAGAUCCGCGAGAAGUACGGGCCCGAGUGGGCGCGGCUGCCGCCCGCGCAGCAGGACGAGAUCAUCGACCGGUGCCUGGUGGGGCCGGGCGCCCCCGCGACCCGCGACCCGGGGGACUCGGGGGACUCCGAGGACCUGGCGCGCUUCCCCGGCCUGCGCGGGCCCACGGGCCAGAAGGUGGUGCGCUUCGGGGACGAGGACAUAACUUGGCAAGAUGAGCACUCUGCCCCCUUCUCCUGGGAAACGAGGAGUCAGAUGGAGUUCAGCGUCUGUUCCUUAUCCAUCCAAGAGCCGGCCAGCGGCACGGCCAGUGAGCCGAGACAGCUGUCGAAAGCCUCCCAGGGCUCACAGGCCCUCCGGUCCUCCCAGGGCGGCAAGUCCUCCAGCCUGGACGCCCUGGGUCCUGCCCGGAAGGAGGAGGAAGCUUCCUUCUGGAAGAUCAACGCAGAGCGGUCCCGGGGAGAGGGGCCUGAGGCUGAGUUCCAGUCGCUGACGCCCAGCCAGAUCAAGUCCAUGGAGAAAGGUGAAAAGGUCCUGCCUGCCUGUUACCGGCAGGAUCCCGCCCUGAAGGACAGGGAGACCAAGGGGGAGAGGCCCGGCAACGUCCACCAGGAGCAGCGCGUCGUUCCCUGUGUCAGCGUCGAGCACGAGAGACCCCAGCCUGUCCAGGCCUGCGCCAGCACGGGAAAGGAAGCCAUCCCGUCCGAGCCCGUGGCGAAGCUGCCUUCUCCUGAGGACCAGCAGGACGACGUGGACGACGUGGAGGAUGGGCUGUUUUCAGAACCCAUGCCGACUCAGGUCACUUCAAGUAAUGUUGUCUUGAAGACAGGAUUCGAUUUUCUGGACAACUGGUAAAGUGUAUUAGACCAAAAUAAUAAUAAUAACAAUAAAACCAAGAACCCCUGAA